GAAAGAUAGACAAAUUGAAAUCAAUGAUUUUUUAACCAGCCUUGUGGAAAAACAAGAUAAUUCUGUUAAUGCAGAAAAUCGGCUAACGUCGGAAAGUGAUUCGGAUAUCGAAGACGAAAUCGAAGUUAACCCUAAAAAAUCUAAACUGAUCGAUUAAUAGCUUAAUACAAUUAUUUUAUUGUUAUAAAAUUUAUGUAAUAUUUAAACACUAUAUUGAUAUUAAUCUUUACUUCCUAAUGUAUUGUCACGACAUUAUGUGUGUUCACGAAUAAAACUUUGUGAUGCUUAGAAACAGUAAAUCGAAAAUAAGUGAAGAAAACAUCGUUAAUAAGAAACACGUGAUAGAACAUGUCUACCAUACUUACAAAUGAAGCUCAACUGCGUUAUGUAAUACAAUGGUUUCAACAAUGGUCUGAGAUGCAAAGAAGUGACUUUUUGGAUAUACUUCUGGAACAGUGUGGGCCUUCAGGUCUUGUUAAUGGAUUGGUAUCUAGAAUGGAAAAUUUAGGACAUUCAAAUGAGUCUGACAGACCACCAAGUCUGUUUCAGUGUCGUGUAAAAUUAUUUAAAGAAUGGAGUCAUAAUUGGUCUCAACAAGAAAAAGAUUCUUUACUUUUAUCAAUUAAAAAUAUUGAUGCUUCGUUUGCAGAAAAAUAUGAUGAGAAGCUGUCAACAUUAGUAGGUGAAGAAGCAAAAGUAUAA